UGGUGCCAAGUGCACAUGUGGACACCCUUAUGCUUGAACAUGGUGUUCGUUAUGGACAAUCCGUGACGAGCACAGAAGUCCAAUAACAGAACACCGCUCGGGUUCUGAUCGGGGGGGCCGUUCCUCCCAAUCACGCCCUUCCAGGUCUCACUGUCAUUGCCCACGUGAGCAUUGAAGUCCCCCAGCAGAACGAUGGAGUCCCCAGCGGGAGCGGUCUCCAGCACCCCCUCCAAGGACUCCAAAAAGGGUGGGUACUCUGAACUGCUGUUUGGUGCAUAGGCACCAACAACAGUCAGGACCCGUCCCCCCACCCGGAGGCGGAGGGAGGCUACCCUCUCGUCCACGGGGGUGAACCCCAGCGUAUGGGGUUUUCACGCUCUGCGACACUUUUCACUUGGUCUGCACACCACUUCCGCUCCGUCACUUCCUGGAGUUGUCUUCUCGUCUGCUAUCCGUGUUCCUGAAUGUAAUAAGAGGUAAACAAAAAAAAAUAAAGAUGAAGUGCUAUUAGUAGCAUUUGAUUAUUUAUUAUGAUUGAUUAUGAAUCAAGAUGAAGGCACCCUGGCGCUUUCUGGAAAAACCAGUCGUCUUGCUUUUACAGAAGUUAAAAAACAAAUCAAAGUACAGUAGUAGACUGUGGGACUUCGAUCACAUUGACGGCAGGCGAAUCAUGCGAGCUCCCAUCGAACUGUGAGCUUACACGAUCUCGGCUUCGAGUGGACCACGACCCUCAGCUGUAAUCUGGAUGAUAAGAAGCGUAAACUUUACGGACUAUCCGGACACAGACACGCUUGCUAAAGACGUCUGAAUUGUGCUGAUGACAGCAAGUCGAGAGGUAUGCGUCGUGUCACUGACCCGACGCAUCGUCAGUACGCAGACCUUUAUAGGAACGUGUUGCUGUGCCUCAUUCGUAUUCGCAAACAGCCAGAAACGGAAUGUCGUCCUCGAGCAAGCCUCUCUCUCCCAAGUCAGGAACAGGCAGAAGUUCAUCUUCCUCCUUAGCAGAGAUCAGACUGGUUCUGCUGGGGAAGACCGGCAGCGGGAAAAGCUCCACCGCCAACUCCAUCCUGGGCCGAAAACUCUUUGACGCAAAGGUCGGCAGCUCUUCGGGUACCCGGCGGUCUCGGAGAGCCUGCGGAGAAAUCCGCGGGAGGCACCUGGUGCUCUUGGACACUCCGGGAAUUCUGGACCCUACGCAGACGCCCCAGGAUGUGCAGAAAGCGUUAAGGAAGACCGUGAGUCUCCUCUCCCCGGGGCCGCACGUCUUUCUCCUCAUUAUCCAGAUCUCGGGGUUCGCCCGGGAGGACAAAGAGGUGGUGCGUCACUUCAAACAGGCCCUUGGUUUCCAUGCUCUACAAUUGUCCAUUGUGGUUUUUACCCAUGGAGACUGCCUGGAAGAAGGCGUCUCUGUGAAGCAGCGUAUGCUAGACAUGUCCCCGGACCUGCAGGAACUGGUGACACAAUGUGGGGGGAGGUACUGCGUCUUCGACAACCAGAGUUCCGGCAGCAAGGAGCAGACAUCUGAGCUGCUUGCCAUUGUGGACCGCAUGAUGCGGCCGGAUCACGGAGGAACCCGCUACGCCGGCGAGACGCUCCAGAGAGCGGAGGAGGAACCGGACCAGCGGCGCCCGCCGAAUUACAAAGACAACGAGCAAAAAAAGAAGCAGGAGACAGAAAUGAAAGCCAGGUAUGAAAGAGAGCUUGGGCAAAAAAGGGAGCGGGAGACUGAGGAGCUGAAGAAACAACAUGAGAUGGAGGAGGAGGAGGAGGAGGAGGAAGAGGAAGAGAAGCUGGCAGAUUUGGAGGGGGAAGCGUUUCAGGAGAUGGCCAGAGAGAUGCCCAUCCAUACGGAGGAGGAGGCCGGAGAAGCGCUCCGACACAAGUUGGUACACAUUAACAAAAUACUUGAGGAAGCAGCUGCGACGGAGAAGAUUCUAAGACAAGUUAUGGAAGAGAUCGUCAAAGUACAUACAGUGGAAAAUGAAAGGAAGGAAAAGGACAUCAGACAGCGGGAAGAAAUGCAAAGAGAGCUGGCUAAACUCUCGCAGAGUUCCGAGGAGCAGAAGAAGCAAACGCAGGAUUUGCUCAAGAAAAUCAGGAAGGAACGCGAGGAGUCGCCGCGCAGCGCUGCCAAACAUCUGAGCGGGUUUGUGCAGGAGAUGGCGCUGAUGGGGCUCAACGCGUCCUUGCAGCACGCCGGGACCAAAUGUUCCGUGCAGUAACAGCACAAGUUCAUCAUUCGGCAACUUCCUGCCUGCAUUUUGUUCUUCUUCAUUGAAAACCUUCGCUCAGCAUCUUCACAUUGAUCAAGUCAUGAAAAAGAUCAAUAAUAAUCAUUCCACAAAAUAUAUUUGAAAUGCCCAGCCAACAUUUUUGUUCCUUUGGGUCAAAGAGGAAUUCGGGAUCUCGAUGAAAGUUAAAUGUCUAGUCUAAGAUGACAAAUGCUUAAGUCCAUCGGCUGGAAAAAUACGAUGUAAAGAAACUUACGUCGAUCAUUCCGACUGUUUGGUUUUAUGUGAUCUGGUUAACGUCCGCUUAUACGCGCAGGUCAAAUCUUGGGACACGGAAACAAAUAUAGAAUUGUUGUCUUUGAAAUGUAUUUUGAAAGUUGACCCCAGGCAAAGUCCCAUCAGCAUCAGAUUGUGGAUGAACAUGUUACGUUGUGUAUUUACCUUGAUACAAUUGUGGGAGACAAAGGGAAAGGGGGAAUAAAAGCG